UGACGCUCUUCAAGCAGCUUACUCUUCCCCAAAAUACACUGCGGUGCCCUUGGUGUCAUGGCGUCCCAGGGAGGAUGUAUAAACAGCAAGGUGGCUAAAUUACUUAGUCGCCGUAACGGCAAGCCCGUGCUGAAGCCUAACAAGCCGCUGGUGCUGGCGAAUACUGUGGCCAACCGCAAGCCCAAGCUCGGAGAGGCUAGCUGUGUUACAGAAAUGUCCUUAAUGAUGGCCUGUUGGAAGCAGAAUACCUUUAUUGAUGCACCAUGUACCAAAGAGAUUCAAACUUUCUUUGACUGUGUUGCAAAAGCACAGGCUGAUAAAAAGGCUGGACUGCACCGACAAAUACAAGCUGGACGUCUGCCACCAAAGCUAGUAAACCAGUUACUGAGACGAUUCCCAACUAUUGACCAUGAAAUCUAGAAGGGCAUCUUGUGUUUCAUGUGACUGUUCUUGCUACAUUGUAGGGGAAAUACUGUGGUCCUCUUGCAGACACUGAAUAGCUGAAGUUAUCAGGCCCACGUGCACUAAUUAUGGCCAGUUGCAGUAUUUGAUGGCCUCUUGUAGGACAGAUUGGGCUAUCUAGGACAUCUGAUCAGAUGGUCGCAUACCCAUUGUACAUUUUUUGGAUGUCUUAUUCCAAUCAGAGACAGUCAUAGAACCGUUAUAUAAAUCAUUCUAUGUGUUUGUUUUUCUAUUCAGUAAACCAUCUUUAUUUUUCUGAA